AUGUCCGACACCACCUCUACCAUGACAGAUAGCACCAACCAUUCUGACUAUUCGGGAGUUGUGAUUGCUAUUGCCAUAGUUGUUCUGAUUGUGAAGAUUAGUCUUUUCUGUUGGUGCAUUAACAAAUUUAAGGCUAAUGGUGGUUUUAGAUCAUAUAAUCAAACAGGAACGCCUGUCAAAAAAUUUAUGACACUCACUAUGGAUAAAUUUCUGAAUGACAUGGAAAGGGAGAAGCCAAUCAGGUUCACUGAUCAGCAGCUAAGGAUUGCGACUGAUAAUUACACUUAUCUCUUGGGGUCAGGAGGUUUUGGUGCUGUUUACAAAGGAAGUUUUAGCGAUGGAACCAUCAUAGCUGUGAAAGUUCUACGUGGGAGUUCUGACAAAAGAAUUGAUGAACAGUUUAUGGCAGAAGUGGGUACCAUUGGUAAAGUCCAUCAUCUCAAUCUAGUUCGUCUAUAUGGGUUUUGCUUUGAAAGACACUUGAGAGCACUGGUUUAUGAGUACAUGGUGAAUGGUGCGCUUGAGAAGUACCUGUUUCAUGAAAGCACGAUCUUAUCAUUUGAAAAACUCCAUGAGAUCUCAAUUGGUACAGCAAGAGGCAUUGCUUACUUGCAUGAAGAGUGUCAACAGAGAAUAAUCCACUAUGAUAUUAAACCAGGAAAUAUUCUCUUGGAUAGGAAUUUUUGUCCUAAAGUUGCAGACUUUGGUUUGGCCAAGCUUUGCAACAGAGACCAUACUCAUAUAAGCAUGACUGGGGGUAGAGGGACUCCUGGUUAUGCGGCCCCUGAACUUUGGAUGCCAUUUCCUGUAACUCACAAGUGUGAUGUUUACAGCUUUGGCAUUCUGUUAUUUGAAAUCAUUGGCAGGAGAAGAAACCAUAACGAUAACCUUCCAGAAAGUCAGGCUUGGUUUCCAAAGUGGGCUUGGGAAAAAUUUGAUUCUGAACAAGUGGGGGAGGUGAUAACUGCCUGUGGGAUAGAGGACAAAGAUAGGGAGAUUGCAGAAAGAAUUGUUAAGGUAGCAUUUUCUUGUGUUCAGUAUAGGCCAGGAGCGAGACCUGUAAUGAGUGCUGUGGUGAAAAUGUUGGAAGGUUCAGUUGAAGUUCCUAAACCUCCGAACCCAUUUCAACACCUGAUUGGUUGGGUUCCACCCACUCAACCGGUACAUGCAUCGCAGGCUGAUACUGACACAACUAUCUGUUCUGACUCGUCAGCAUUGUUAGCCAAAUCUGUCCCUGUACUUGCCACACCUGUUGUGACCAAGUGCGAGAUUGAAUUAGCUUCUGUCUAA